CCAAGACUUGUCUAUCACUGAUGUAGGCAUGCGCAGUUACAAGAGUGAGGUUUACUUUGCAUUGGUGUAAGUCGGAACUUGGCGACCGUAAAUGGCACAGUGACCCCCACUUAGUCCCACUUAGUGCACUGACCUAGCUUAAAAAACAUGCAAUUGCCCCACCAAAAUUUUCAGACAUCUCGGGAAGCUGCAAGCCCAAUUUUUUCAGAGGGCAUUCCCAGGCCUCACGACAGUUCCUACAAAUCCUCGGACUUGACGAAUCUUUCAACCUAGUUUAGCAAUUGCCUGGAGCGCGGGAGAAUAUUACGUCGUCAUGCCCUCGUCAACUGCAGAGCCAAUAGCGGCAAUCACUAGUCAUAAGAAGGAGAAGAAAUCCAAGAAGCGAAACCGAGACCUCGAUGGCGAGCUCGAGGCAGAUCGGAAACACAAAAAAUCGAAGAGCAUGGCCAAGACAGAGGAGGAUAACGCUGUCGAUAUCAAAGCGACACCCGCUGUCGACACAGAAUUGGACGGCGACGGCAAGAAAGAGAAGAAGAAGAAGAAGCGACCUCGACAUUCAGAAGCUGGCGCCGAGUCCCAAUUGGCCGACGAUGCGGCAAUGCCAGACGCCACCACAAGUGAUCUGAGGGCCAAAGCCGAGGAAGUUCCCGAUACCGACGCGGCGAAGAUUGAGAAGAAAAAGAAAAAGAAGGACAAGAGGAGGAACUCGAUCGCAGAGCCCAUCGAGACACCACCAGCCGCAGUGGACGACGUGAAUGUUGAGGUCACCAUCGAGGAGAAUAAGUCAAAGAAGCACAAGAAGAAGCAUCAAAACUCUGAUGUCAAUGAGUCGCAAGAGGUCGAGGUUGUUGGGGUUGUGCAGGAAGCUGAAAAAAAGAAAAAGAAGAGGAACAGAAAGGAGAAGCAUGAGGACACAAUCAAUACGCCCACUGCGACCAUGUAUACCGAUGCUAUGGAUAUUGACUCUCCAGCGAAGGCACCAAAGUCUCAAGCGUUCGGAAGCUCGGCCGAAAAGCCUUACCCUUUCUUCACUCAAACGAUUUCUCUAUACCUCCCUCUCUUCCCUUCUGGCAUGAUCGAGCCCGUCGAAGGGUUUGCCGACCAGCACCUCAAACCCCUGCUCAACCGCUACGUGCCGAAUUUGAAGGGCGUCCUCCUGGCGUAUCGCAACCCACGAGUGGGUGAACGGCCUGGAAAAGGAUCAUUGACGGAGAAGAGUGAGGGAACAGCGGACGAGGCCAUGCUGGAAUCAGUCGACGAAUAUGCUGUCGUGUUCGGCUGGCUUACGGUAGAAGUCGAUAUUUUCAAGCCGGCGCGCGGUGCUUGGCUGGAGGGAGCCAUCAACCUGCAGAGCGAAGGGCACCUGGGUGUAGUAUGUUGGGAGAUGUUCAACGCCUCGAUUGAAGCAGCAAGGCUACCUCAGGGCUGGCAAUGGGUCGACUUGAUGAGCGACAAGGGUUCAACAAAAACGAGAGCCAAGCAUAUUACCUUCGAGGAUGAAGCUCAGCUGCCAACUCCCGAGUCUGCCAAUGAAGAUGAAGACGAAGUCGCGGCAGUUCCUGACAAUGACGCUGACGUCGACGGUGAUGUCACUCAGACGCAGCUGCACACAACCGGAUACUGGGUUGACGAGAAGGGCCAGAAGGUACGCGGCAAAUUGCGCUUCCGCGUCAAGAACUAUGAGGUUGGCGUUAGUGGCGACUACGGGUACCUCAGCAUCGAGGGAACCAUGUUGGACGAAGAAGCCGAGAAGCAGAAGGUGACCGAUGAAAUGGAACACUUGCGGCAACGGAAGCUUAAGGGUGCCCGUAGCUUCCACAAGCGUUUGCCCGAGUUCAGCAUGACCAAGUUUGGUGCUGAUGAGGAACAAGAAGAUGAGAGCAAGAGGGCCGAGGUGUGGAAAGGAAGCCAGCCAGCAAAUGAGACCGCCGAAUAAGUGGAAUUGGCAACAUGUUCCAAUGGCAUUUUUUUGUUAAUAAGAUACCAGUAUAACAGUCUAAAAGGUGAUUUAUUCAACCACGACUUGGAGUUUUCAAUUUCGUUGUUCC